AUGCAAGAGUAUAUACAGGAUGCUCUGACUUUCGUGCGCGAAUAUGGGCGACCGUGUUUAUUUAUCACGUUCACAUGUAAUCCAAAAUGGCCAGAGAUUACAUCUUUGUUGUUGCCUGGCCAAAAUGCAAUACAUCGUCAUGACAUUACAGCACGUGUGUUUAGACAAAAGCUGAAAUCAUUAAUAAAUUUUAUUACUAAAUCACAUGUAUUCGGUCCCACACGUUGCUGGCUGUAUUCGGUUGAAUGGCAAAAGCGAGGAUUACCUCAUGCCCACAUUUUGGUUUGGUUAAUCGACAAAAUCCGUCCUGAAGAAAUAGAUAAUAUAAUUUCUGCAGAAAUUCCCGAUCCGUCUACUGAUAAAUUGCUGUUUGAUAUUGUUACAGCAAACAUGAUUCAUGGCCCAUGCGGUACUUUUAAUCGUUCAUCGCCUUGCAUGUCAGAUGGAAAAUGUACAAAAAAUUUCCCUAAAGAUUUCACUAACAAUACAAUCACAAAUGUCGACGGAUAUCCAAUAUAUCGUCGAAGGAAUCCAGAUAAUGGCGGACAAUCAUUUAUUAAAAACAACAGCAACACAGACAUUGAUAUUGACAAUCGUUGGGUCGUGCCAUAUUCGCCCCUGCUGAGCAAAACAUACAAUGCUCAUAUUAAUGUUGAGUUCUGCAGUUCUGUGAAGAGCAUCAAAUACAUUUGCAAGUAUAUCCAUGAAGGCAGUAACAUGGCGGUGUUUAGAGUGGAAAAUACCAAUGUGAAUGCUCCUCCAGUAAAUAAAAACGAUGAAAUAACGCUCUACCAAAUAGGUCGGUACAUCAGCUCCAAUGAAGCUGUUUGGCGUAUCUUUGGUUUUCCAAUUCAUAAACGGGAUCCAGCAGUUGUUCAGUUAGCCGUUCAUCUUGAAAAUGGUCAGCGUGUAUAUUUCACGAACGAGACAGCGAUUGAUCGUGCUAUAAAUCCACCAAAAACUACACUCACUGAAUUUUUUGAAUUGUGUAAUCGUGCGGAUGAUUUUGGUGCCUUUGCACGUACUUUACUCUAUUCACAAGUACCACGCUAUUUCACAUAG